UUCAUUUUAUUGACUGGUAAGAAUAGUGAUAUAUUUUUUUCGGCAAGGAUCCCUCUCCGGGACUCGGGAUGGGUCAAGUUUGAGAUUUGUGGAGUUGAUUGUACUGUGGUUUGGUGUGUGACUGUCGAUUUAUGUAGUGUUUUGUUUAUGAAUUAAAAUAUUGUUUAUUUUAUUUUUUGCCGUCGAAGCAAACGAAGUUGAAGGUCAAUUACGCAUCGAGCUAGUCUGAUGAACGAGGCUGCCAUUCCAUUGAUUUAAGGUCAAAAAAGUUCCUGUAACGCCGUCCAUUGCGGCUUUAAUUUAAACAAAUGAUCAAGAUGUGUUUAUGAGUGUAGUAGUGGUGGGGAGGCGAGAUGGGGCGGGCGAGGUAUAUCGCGUGCGCUCUGCUCAUGCUGUGUCCACUCGCGCUCACGAGGCACGAUGACGACUUCGCAUUUGACAACAGUGAAGAAUUUCUGGUUGAAUUAACAGCAAACCACUCAGAAAUAGCCAAAAAUGGCCUAAGAAGGUUAUGGGGCGUGCCCGACACAUCGGCCUAUGUGGGACAUCUGUUCCGAAUGGAAAUCCCAAAAGAAGCUUUUUCGGGAAAAGUACUAGCUUAUAAGACCCAGAAAUCAAAUCGAUUAGCAGUCCGUAAGGGAGUCAAGGUUCGAAGUGAAGGCGGUCGGCGCAUGCCAAGCUGGCUGGCCGUGGACUCGAGGCACGGUCUGAUCAGUGGCGUGCCCCAGAAGCAGGAUUUAGGCACGCACACCUUCACUGUCACCGCGCACGGUAGCACGCGCGGUCUCACUGCUACCGACUCCUUCACUGUUGAGGUGAAGAAAGCCCAAGACAGGCCUCAUUCCAAGUACGGGUCAUGCGUCGGCGAGGAGAGCCGGCUGGUGCUGGUCAUCAUGCUGGACGGCUCCUUCCACCGCGUGUCACCGCGGCAGCGGACCCGCGCACUCAUGCAGCUCGCCAGCUUUAUGGCGCUCGACGGCGACGAGUUCUGGAUGGAGCCGUACAAGGCGGAGCCUCACGCCGAGACCAUCAUGAGCGGCGCCGGCUCCUCGCAGCGCAGGCACGGGGACGCCACCACUGCCAUCUAUCUUAAUGUUGGUUGCGGCAACAAACUAUGGAAUCACCAUAAAGUGUUAGUAGCGGGUAUCCGAGAGCAAGCGAGGGACGGUACUCUCGCGCACGUGGUUCGGCUGCCCGUCAUCGGCUGGCGGCUACUGGCCGUACAACCCGCACCUAGGAUCAAACGACAGCUGGAAGGCUCAGGCGGCAACAGCUACGACGCGGAAUACGACAACGAAGACGACGACGCCGACGCGGACGCCGACUAUAGCGGCUACGAUGACGGCAUCGACGACGAAGACGGCUUCGCCAAUCACGACGUCGGCACUGACGUGCAUAACGAAGUGGGCAUUACCGCACUGUCGGCCUCGCCGUCCGACAACAACAGUGUUAACAUGUCGGUCCCACCAACUCUGCCUGUCAGCCCACGACGCAUGGGAGUAGAUUCCUUCGCCCCCGUCAUACUACAAGAAGAAACCACCACCUUAGAACCGGAAUUGCAAACCGUAAUAAUCCGUGAGUCUACCGAACUGCACGAGCUGUCGUCAUCGACGGAGCUGGUGACGUCACCGUCCCCGUCGCCGCAGCCCGAGGCGCCGACCACGCCGCCCCCACCCCCCACCACUUCUCCGACGCCGACUACCGUGCCGACUACUGCGUCCACAACCACUUCGACUACGACAACUACACAAGUUCCGACGACUUCUAGAACUACUACAUUGAUGGCGCCAUUGCCCCCUACGAUGACCACGCCUGAGUCCAUUUUGGACGAACUCACUCAUCAGGAACCGAACCCCACAGAGGGUAAGAGCACGAUAAGCGGCGUAACGACAGAAACAGUGACGUGGGCUCUGCCUAUCAACCAGCCGCCCACGCUCAAGCACCACAUGAAGAAACUGGCCAUCACUGCUGGAAAAGCUUUCAGGUACAUAAUCCCGGCGGACCUGUUCACGGACCCGGAGGAGGGCAGCAACUUGACGUUCACGAUGUACGAGGCGGAGAACGUGCCGCUCAGCAACAACUCCUGGAUACAGUUCAUCCCUGCUGCGCGCGAAGUUUAUGGAUUGCCGUUAGAAGCCCAUGUAUCUCGCUGGAACUUCAUAGUCGAAGCUCAGGACAGCGAAGGACUGGUAGCUCGCGGCCCCUUAGACAUCACGGUGCAGCAACACAAGAGCGGCCGCACCAUUAACCACCAGUUCGUCAUGGAGUUCAAGCUUAUCAAGGAGUAUAACAACGCCAUCGAUUGGCAAAUACGAGCUUUGGAAGGAAUUGUGAAUCUCUUCAGAGAUACCGAUAUGGAUCACCUGACUGUGCUCAAUACGACUCAGAAUGGGGAUAUGUGUGAAUUCGUGUGGACUAAUGAUACGCUUCCGAAGGAUCCUGCUUGCCCUAUGGAUGAUAUUAAGAGGUUGAUGAAGAUAAUGGAAUCAGACACGGACCCCGGUGGCCCCUCAGCCGGCCUAGUCCGGGCCAUGCAACCAGAACUGAAGGCCGGCGGUGUAUCGUGGCGGGGCCGCGGGCCGUGCGCGGCGACGCCGGCGACCCGGGCGCCCGACACGUACCCGCCCGUCACGCGCAACCAGGUCGACCAUCUCACUGCUACCGUCGGACAUCUGCUCGUCUAUAAAGUGCCUGAGGACACAUUCUUCGACCCCGAAGACGGCGGUACUCGUAACUUGGCGCUCUCACUCCGGUACAGCGACCGCACGGAACUACCGGCGGGACACUGGCUGCAGUUCGACGCCAAGAAUCAGGAGUUCUAUGGUCUACCUGCGCCUAGUGAUGAGGGCAGUGUGUCUUAUCAGUUGAUUGCGGAAGACUCAAGCAAGAAGAGCGCGUACGACAGUUUAAUAGUAGAAGUAGCGAAGGCGCCCACCAUCAGACCGACAGUGGAGUUCCAAAUGACCAUGGAGUAUCCAUUCCCCAUGCUUGCUUACGAUGCUAACAACAAACGCAAGGUUGUCGAGAAGUUGGCAGCACUGUUCGGACAGAAGGAGACUGAUAAUAUCAGGAUACAAAGUAUCACUAAUAAUCCUACUACUAUUAUAUGGUACAACACAAGUCUACCAAUGGACAGAUGCCCCAAAAAGGAGAUUGAGGAACUACGCAAAAUGAUCAUAGUAGACGAGCGGGGCUCCAUGGGCGGUGCUCUCAAAGAAAACGUCGACCACGUUUUUGACAAAGACCUUAAAGUCAUGUCCAUAAGGUUGAUUCCUCUCGGUCUUUGCGCUGAACAAAAUACUAAGAUACCGAAGACUACAAUACAAGUGCAUCCUGGAUCUUCGAGCUCGCAGAACAAUAAGGCUAGCAAUGCAGCCGACCCGAACUAUUUAGUGACGUUCAUAAUACCGGCUGUUGUGAUCGUGUGUAUGAUACUGCUGGCUUCUAUCGUCGCCUGUGUGCUGUAUAGGCGAAGGAGAACAGGUAAAAUGAGCGUGGGAGACGAAGAGGAGCGGCAGGCGUUCCGGUCGAAGGGCAUCCCCGUCAUCUUCCAGGACGAGCUGGAGGAGCGCGGCGACGCCGAGCCCGUGCACAAGAGCCCCGUCAUCAUGCGCGAGGAGAAGCCGCCGCUGCUGCCGCCCGCCCCAGACUACCGCGCCCACGACGACGCGCCCUACCGCCCGCCGCCGCCCUUCGCCGCCUCCCGCACCCCGCCCCGCCCCAAGGCCACGCCCACCUACCGCAAACCUCCCCCAUACGUCCCCCCUUAAGUCCUCCACACCGCUCACCCCCCGCCCGCCUACUGUGUACACGAUCCGACUUCAAUCUUGCUUGUGACGCCACUACUCUGGGGGUCGUAGUAACUGUCACCAUAGUGAAGUAAACAUUUACGAAAACUUUCGAUUAUUAUUAUUAAAUAAACUGCGAUAUUUGUUAAAACUAGUCGACGCGAGCACAAGCAGUUAUUUUCUUCGAUUUAUUUAUUAUCUAACUCUCGCGAGCUGUCUUCUAAUAUGAAAACUAUUCGGCAGCAUUUACGCACUUAAAAUGAGAUGCAUUUAUAAAUUAGUUAGGGGAAUAACCCAAAGUCGACAAAACAAGGAAUUGUGCACAGUUUAAUGUGACUACGAAUUUCUUAUAAUAAUGUAAGUACGUCACGAAAUAUACCUGAGAACUAGAGGGUUGGACGUGAUGUCGAUUUUUUCAAUUAUGUAAAAACUGGAGACUUCACAAAAAUUAACUAGUGUUAUUGUUGAAGUAGAUGAUGUUACAUUAGCUCUUAGAAUAAGCCGAAGUUCAAUCGAAUGUGUGAAUGGUUUCGUAUAAAUUUUAAAUCGUUUACAAAAUGGCAAACAGAGAGAAUUAUGUGACCAACACGAAUACUAUUGAACAUUGUGAAAUAAAUGCUCUUUAUAUUCGUGAUCUAAACAACAAUAAUCAUUAUUUGAUCGGAAGGAUUUACGUUGACACAUUGUCAAUUACCUAUACUACAACUUAUUUAUUUGCUAAAGUACCAAAACAACAGUAAUCAAAGUGUUUGGCUAAAAAUGUGCCAUUGUUUCACAGUUGUUAUUUAAUGUAAUUUAAAAUAAAACAUAUCGAAAGUGUAACAUUUUAGCCUUUAGCGUAGAUCUUCCAUACACGUUAUAUUUAUAGGUAGUGCGUGUGUGUGUGAAGUACAUUUGAGGUAACUAUUGAGUAGGCGCCGAUGACGUCACAGUCUGACCGCCAUUUUAACGAAUCGCUGUUUAUAAUGCAUGGUUGAUCAAGAUUAGCUGGUGUGUAAACUGAAUUACAAUUAACAUACUAUUGUAAUGAAUAUACAACUGACUCUAGUUAUAGGCUACGAAUAGAUAUUUUUAAGGAUGGAAUAUCAUUUUGUACUUGUCUAAUAUUACCAUAGUUGUAAGGUUAACAAAUUGUGUAAACUUAGGGACUUGAACGAAAUGAGCUAUAAUGAUAACUUUUCCUUUGGAUGUAUUUUUUUCUACUGUAUACUCAUUUAGAGUUUUGCAUUUAUAGAUCUUUUUAGUGUUAUUAAUAUACAAUUUUAUAGGCCAGCAACAUUCAUGCUUUCAUUUUCCUAUAUUUGUUUCUCAAGUUGUGUAAUAGGAGUACUUAAAAGUCCAUUUAAGACCAUACCUAAUUAAUUUCAUUGUUUCAUACUUAUCCAUAGUAGCUAUUUCAUUUUCUUUAAAACAUUCUAAUUAUAAACGCACAUAAUUUAUGUAAUUAAUGAGCUUUUUAUUUUAAAUAAAUAAAAAUUGGUCUA